AUGUCUUACCAAGAUGAAGAACACGAGUCUCAUGGUGCGAAUACACCCUCCAACCCUCGAGGGUUGAAUGGAAUAUCCAACGGGCAAACUCAAAACCAAGUUAACGGUCGAACAAACCCUCUGAACUCUCAACAGGGUUCAGGAAACCAAGACGAGCAAAUUACGACACUGAAAUUGGCUGGUCUUUCAGUGUUGAUGUAUAAAAAAAAAGGCGAGAUCAUUUAUAGAUUAGCAGAUAACAUGUCAGUUAAUUCACUAUCAGAUGAACAAAGAGAAAUGCUUCUGAAGGAAAUAAAGGCUCUUCACGACUCCUCUACUACCGUCAUCACCCAGCCGUCGUCAUCU